GUGUUUUGGCUUGGCAGUAGCGAGUAACGCGUGUGACCCGCGGUGUGAACGUCGUCUAGCAGGCCAGGACAGAUCACACCCCCCGCCCCUUAUCCCGGCUAUGAAGCCGAGACCCUUCUUGGAAGCCUAACAGCGGGCUUACGCCGGAGCCUCUAGGACCCGGCGGAGGCCGGCCGCUGUCCCCGGGCCGCGCGAGUGAGCAUGUGCAGACUGGGCGCCUGUUCGCCCGCUCCGCGCCCGCCGCUCGCUCCACUCCGCGCCCGCGGCUCAGCUCGGAGCCCGCCGGCUCCGCCACUGCUCAGUGCGGAAGUCCGCAACCUAGGGGAACUGUGCGACGUGGGCCUGGGCGCGUUGGUGUGCUCGCUACUGGCGCCGGGGGCGUGCGGGCGUCUGUGCUCCUGGCACUGCGGGGCUGCGGGCUCGGCGCCCCGGAAGGCGGGCGCCCCAGCCGGCCACGAUCGCGGGGUGGAGAUAUUCGCCAGAAUCUGCUCCCCCUCUCUCGUUCCGUUCCCAAGCCAGGCUUCCGGUCAGCGCAGGGUUUUCUCCAAUCUCUCGGUGAACUUGAACACAGGCAGAGACAAAACCGAAACCAGAGGGCACCUUCUGGACCAGUGGCCUGUUGCUAAAUGUGGGUCUCAAUUCAACCAGUUCAGCCCGGAAAGUGCAGCACACGUUCCUGAGACUGAUGAGGGCCAGGAGAACUGAGGGAUGGGGGAGACGGUGACUCUUGGGCAGAAACUACCAACACGGGGCUGGUGGCUGCUGAAGAAAAGCGAUGGUGACAUUUGAGACACACAGGGACAGCAGCACAGGAGUGUACUGACAGGUGUCCAGUGCCAGGAUGCUGGGAUGACACCUCUGGAGGCCCUGGCGUCCCUCCUGCCCAGGUGCUAGGAGCCGUCCCCAGGCUCCAGCUGGGAGCCCUGCUGCCCAAGGGCAUGGCCAAACCUUUCUUCAGACUCCAGAAGUUUCUCCGCAGAACACAGUUCCUGCUGCUCUUCCUCACAGCCGCCUACCUGAUGACCGGUAGUCUGCUGCUCUUGCAGAGGGCCAGAGUGGCCUUCCCACAGGCCCUCCGGGCUCCUGGCAGCCUGCAGGCCUUGCCGGUGGCCACUGUAGCACUGGGUAUGGGCCUUCUGGAUGGCAGAGGCCUCCAUGACCCCCACAGUAGCCCUCACCUAAUACUUGAUGUGGACACACUGAGGAGUCCUCUGGCCCGACUGCCACCUGGAAUCCGCUGGCCCCGCAGGAACCGCAGCUCACCGAGGCGGCGCUGGCUCCAUCACCUCAACAAUGACCCCCAGGGACCACCCACCCUGGGCCCUGAGGCCUCUGGACCAGUGAGCCGCAGCCAAGGCACUUACCUGGGAUGCUUCAGUGAGGAGGGCCAGGAAAGAACUCUGAAGGGGACAGUGUUUUAUGACUUGAGAAAGAUGACCGUGUCGCACUGCCAGGAUGCGUGUGCUGAGCGGUCCUAUGUCUAUGCUGGCUUGGAGGCUGGCGCGGAGUGCUACUGUGGGAACCGGCUGCCAGUCACACGCGUCAGCCUGAAGGAGUGUAACCAGGAGUGCAAGGGGGAGAAGGGCGCCUUCUGUGGGGCUGUUCGUCGGCUCUCCGUGUACAGCGUGGGGCUGCAGCAGUCGGGCUCCAGGAAGCGACGGACUGCCACCUACCGAGGGUGCUUCCCACUGCCAGAGAACAUCACCCACACCUUCUCCUCCUCCCUGACACAGGCCAACAUGACUGUGGAGACAUGCUCUGGAUUUUGUUCCCAGAAAGAGUUUCCUCUGGCCAUCCUCCGGGGCUGGGACUGCUAUUGUACCUACCCUACCCCUCAAUUCAGCCUGCGGGAUGCUGUGGAUGGAACACUGUGCAGCCAGGCCCCUGAGGCUCAGGAGCUACCUGGCUACUGUGAGGUUUACCAGACACCUGUACAAGACACCCGGUGCACAGACAGGAGGUUCCUGCCCAACAAGUCUAAAGUGUUUGUGGCUCUGUCAAGCUUCCCUGGAGCUGGGAACACAUGGGCAAGACACCUGAUCGAGCACGCCACUGGCUUCUACACAGGAAGCUACUACUUCGAUGGAACUCUGUACAACAAGGGGUUCAAGGGUGAGAAAGACCAUUGGCGUAGCCGGCGCACCAUCUGUGUGAAGACACAUGAGAGUGGCCGGAGGGAGAUCGAGAUGUUUGACUCCGCCAUUCUCCUGAUCCGGAACCCCUACAGAUCUCUAGUUGCUGAAUUUAAUAGGAAAUGCGCUGGACACCUGGGCUAUGCCCCUGACCGCAACUGGAAGAGCAAAGAGUGGCCAGACUUUGUGAAUAGCUAUGCCUCCUGGUGGUCCUCGCAUGUCCUAGAUUGGCUCAAGUACGGGAAGCGGCUGCUGGUCGUGCACUAUGAAGAGCUGAGGCGCAGUCUGGUGCCCACGCUGCGGGAGAUGGUGACCUUCCUCAACGUCUCUGUGAGCGAGGAACGGCUUCUCUGUGUGGAGAACAACAAAGAGGGCAGCUUCAGGCGACGUGGCCGGCGCCCUCAUGACCCGGAGCCCUUCACCCCUGAGAUGAAGGACCUGAUCAAUGGCUAUAUCCGGACAGUGGACCAGGCUUUGCGUGACCACAACUGGGCUGGCCUGCCCAGGGAGUAUGUGCCCAGAUGAUAGGCCCACCCUGGCUACCUGGUCCUGCUGAGAUGCAGCUGGACUAACGGGCUGAACACUGCUCUAGUGCACUGAUCUGUGGACCCCUGGGCUGCAUGGCUGCUGGCACACAGUCAGCAAGGUGUUCUCGCGGGUGCAACUUCAUGAGCAGGGGAUCCACCAAGCCUGCCCAGACAGAUGUGCAUCACAGGACACUCCUUGCACAUCAUCAGACACACUUAGACAUCAUCCACCACUCACAGUGCCCAUCUUUAUGUGCCUAAGCCAAUUGAGUAGGGUGGACUAGACACUCCCAGCUUUGCAAACACAGCCAGAUGUGGACACAUACGUACAGGUGCCAGGGUGUAUGCUUACAGAGACUGACUGUCUGCCUCAUAUAGACACACGUGCACACACUCAAGGCUACGGGAGGCCUUUGGCUUCCUGGGUCCAGCUGGGCACAAACUGGACUUUUGGGGCUUUUGGCUCUGGAAUACCAUACUGGGCUGGUGGUAUUGCUCCAGGCAGUACAGUGGGAACUGGGGGGAUGGAGGUACACAGAGUGUUGCUGAUGGGUACUGUGUGACCCUGGCUGCGUGUCUGACAUCCCAUAAAUGUGUGUGCUGUGACAUCCUGGCACUGCAAA